AUGAACUCCUCGGAAAAGGGAACUGACGAGGUGGAUCUUGACAACAACACGCAACACAGCCUCUGGCUCGGCUCGAUCACACAGGCUACAAUCACCCGCGGACGACGGACGACGGACGACGCAAGAAGCCCCUCGAAAAAAGAGGAGCAGUACGGAGCAAGACGAACCAACAACCAUCGACGAGAACACCAUCGAACCCAAAACCCACGAAAGAAGAACGGAAAACGGGAAACAACAGAGAUGAUCCUCCGGACCCGCCUCUCCCUCUACUUCCACCUCUACCCGCUCAAAGCGAGAUUGGCUGUUUUGGGGUUGUUCUUAGGGGUCGUGGUCCUGCUCGUCGGUGGGGGCAGGUUGGCCGAACCGAUCCCACCCCACCUACACCCGCACCGACAAUCACAAUAUCUCCAACACCAUCAAAAUCAUCCGCACUCCGACCACUUUCACUCAAACGCUUCCUACGCCUCGUCUUACGAAUACUCGGAACCGAAAAAGGCUUCAGUUUCACGUUGGGGCGUCCUUUCCAGGUACAGAGGCAAGGAGGAAGUCCAGCUGGAUGGAGGUGCGGGUGGAGGGUUGUUGAUCACCGGUGGUGGAGGGAAUAUCGGCAAACAACUAAUCAAGCGGCUUCAAGCGACUUCGCCUUCGGUCCCGUUGGUCGUCGUGGAUCCGAUCUUUCACGAAGAGGAAUUACGGGCUUUCACUCGUCGAUCGUUGUCUGGCCAUCUCACCGAUCAGUCGAACAAGGACGAUUACGCUCUCAACGAGAAUGACAACGACGACGACGACGGGUUGUUCACCUACUACCGGGGAGACAUCCGAAACACCACCCUCUUGAACGAGAUCUUUUCUCAUCCGACACGCAAGAUCUCGGGAGUGAUCAACCUCGCCGCCGUCUCCCGCGUGCUUUGGUGUCUGGAGAACCAAGCGGAUUGUACGGCCGUCAACGUGGACGCCGUAGCUGGGUUGUUGGAUGCGCUUCCUGGGUCUUCAGCUUGGGUGGAACGGACUCAGGGAGAAGGCGGCAAGAACGCGGAUGGAGGGAGGUUGCCUUGGUUCAUCCAAGCUUCCUCCAGAGAAGUGUAUGGGGAUACGAAACCCGGGGAACAUAUCACCGAAUCUUCGGCUACCGUUCCUUCCAAUGUUUACGGUCAAUCGAAACUCUCGGCGGAACACGCUAUACAGGCCUUUAUCGACCGGGAAAAGGAGAGGACGGCUGCGAAGGGGACGUUGCAGGCGAUCGCGCUCAGGUUGAGCAACGUCUAUGGGGGAGAGUUUGAUCAUCGCGAGAGACUGGUACCGGCCAUGAUGACCCAGGCGAUCGCGCAUAGGACGAUCCAGAUGGUGGGCGGGGAUCAAUUUCUCGACAUGGUUCACAUCGACGACGUGGUGGACGCCAUCAUCCUCUCCAUCCAGCGACUCUCGACCCGCUCGCACUCCCGUCGUUUCGGUCUUUUCCCUCAUCGUCUCCCCGCCACCUUUGAGCAGUUCAACGUCGCCGCUGGACGUGCCGUCUCGGCCAUCGAGCUCGUCCGCAAGAUCUUGCACCUGACGCGGAGCAAGUCGCCCAUCCAGACGAUCCCUUCCGAUGCGAGGUUCCCGGCAAGGUACGAGGGAAGCACCGAGCUGGCCACGAGCGUGCUCGGUUUCACGGCCAAGGUCGGGAUCGACGAGGGGUUGUGGAGGUUGGCCAAGGCCUAUUAUCAGCAGAGCCGGGGAUAUCUGGAGAGGAAACGGGACAAGGAAUGCCGAACCCGAAGUUACUCCCGUGCGGACCUCUUGGCCCUUUCUGGGUGUACGGUCAACGUCGUCGGCAACCAUCGCGGCGAGAUUAGCUACCUCGACCUCGACCACAAGACUCUGGAUACGAACGACAAGUGGCGCUGGGCCUGGUCUUACAACCCUCGGACUUACGACUUUAAUCUAACCGAACGGGUGGAUGGGAAGCUCGGAUUUAGACUGGGUUACGACGAAAAGGGAUCGUACGAGACGGUCAACGUCACUUCGGCCGGUACCACUUAUACGGACUUUGAGGUCGACCUGGAUGAAACGACGGGAUACGUCCACCUCGGUCUCGCCAACGGCGGAGGCUACUUUCUGCCACCUGCCUCUCAGAACGUCACCACCCGGGUCUCGCCUGACAAGCUCGCCGAGCCGUACUUUAGGAUCAUCCCGAUCUGCUGUGAGAAAGCAGCUCCCUGGCCGUUCAUGGACGAAGACCCCCUCGCUUCUGCCAUCAACGACAUGAAGUAUGAGCGGACGGCGCCUUUUCGCGGGUCUCAGCAUGAAACGCUGUGUCAUCGCAUGUCGCGCGCGCUCGAUAUCGUCAAGGAUCAUCUGGACCGAUUGGAGGCGUACCCGUUCCCGUUGCAUAUAGAAGAGGCCGAGCUGCCGGCUGGAAACCCGGGACAAUGGAAGCAUCGUCACAUGAAGACGUGCACGAACCUCUGCGAUCAUCCGACGACCUGCCUGGAUACUGGCGAUUGCGCUUGCGUAUUGUCCUCCUGCACAUCCAUCGCCCGGUUCCCCUUUGCCUCGUCCGCCAACUUGGAUCAAUUCUCUUAUCCUCCCAUCAGCAAUAACAUCGACCCGAAGGACAACCAGUCCCUGAUCAACUUGGUCGAACACAAAUCCUGGCUAAACGUCCUCCGUCCCGCUGCUAGCCGGUACCUCGCUCGGGACCCCAAGUUUCCUCCAGUCCACGUUACACAGCUUCCUCCCGACGUGGUCGAAAAUCGAAAGGCCGAGUGGUGGAAGUACGACCGUUUCUUGCCCGGCAAGCCCGGAUGUUUCAGCGCGGAUUCGAUCUUGGAGCGCGGGUUGGCGUCGAUGAAUACGUCGUACGCCGAGGACGGCUUUGUUUUCUUGCCCUACUUUCAGGGAAGCAUCUGGUACCCCAACGUGGAGGGCUGGCGUCAAAAUGCCCUGCAGCACCAUCUUCCCUGGUCGUUCGACGAGACCAAGUGGAUCGUACCUUUUACGCACGAUUGGGGAGUCUGUAACACGUUUACGUUUGACGUCUUUUCGAUCCGGCACCGCAAGGAUACGGCAAUCCCUGUCGUUAGGCAGGGUACCGCCUGGUCCGUCAUGGGGGAUCUGAACAGCGACUGCUACCGUUACGACAUGGACGUUGUAAUCCCGCCGCGCGCUUGCCUAAUGCCUAAACUUGUGAAACACUUUGCAACAAUCGCUGACGUCCGCCCCUCUCGACAACGCAAGACUUUGGCGACCUUCAAGGCCACCUAUAUGGGAACCGGCUCGCAGGCUCGGCACAAGAUGACGUGCGCAAGGCCUUUCGACCAUAGCAAGUCACCAAGUCUCGAGGGCGGAAACGAAUUGCAAACCAUAUGGAAUGGCUACGGCGACUAUGGCGACUACCUGACGUUGCUAGCCGAUACCGUGUUCUGUCCACUGGUUCGGGGGACUACCGGGUGGGCGAGCCGAACGGUUGAUAGCAUCUACGCCGGCUGCAUCCCGGUACUGUUCGGUGACCAAGCCCAUCUCGCCUUCUGGGACGUCCUCGACUGGUCGAAAUUCAGCGUCACCAUUCUCGAAAGUCAGAUGGAUCGACUCGAAGAGAUUCUGCUUAGCUACACUUGGGAACAGGUCGCCGAUCUUCAAGCCAACCUGAUGCUCGUCAGAGACGCCUUUAUCUACCCGCUCGACGACGACUUUGCCGAUCAACCCUACCAGAAAGGACCGCUCUUUUACGCCCUGCAUUCGACCGCCUUGACGAGCUUUACGAAAUACCCGACCGAAUAGAAUAGAUGGGUGAUGGUACCACGACUGAAGGGAGAAAGGAGAUCCGCGU